AACAACUCGUCUACUCAGUCAAAACGCAGAUAUGUCGGCGUCGAGGUCCGUUGUGAAGAAGGUGCUUUCGGUGGAGACCGAAGAGGGUGCUGGAGCUAUAGUACGACGGUCAAUUGGCACGCCCCAGCUGAGGAACCUCACGCCUUUCCUCAUGCUCGACCACUUCCACAUAUCGAAAGGAGCGGGCUUCCCGGAUCACCCUCACCGAGGCCAGGCCACCGUAACAUAUAUGCUUGAGGGGUCAAGUCGCCAUGAGGACUCAGCUGGUCACAAAGGCGAAAUCAGGCCGGGGGGUGUGCAGUGGAUGUGUGCAGGCAAAGGAAUCAUACACGCAGAGAUGCCAGUCUCUGGUGACGGUGUUCCAGAGCCUCGUGGGCUGCAAUUAUGGGUAGACCUUCCCAAAGAGUACAAGAUGGUUGACCCGACCUACCAGGAACUCGAUCCUGAACAAGUGCGCGAGGCGUUCCCCCAGGGCGAAGAUGGGCCUGUAAAAGUUCGAGUCAUCAGCGGGAAGAGCCAUGGCGUGGAGUCCCCUGUCCGGCCACUCGGAGGUUGCUGGUACUUCCAUGUUAUCUUCAAGAAACAAGCGACUAUCUUCCAGGAGAUCCCCGCUGGAUGGACGUCAUUUAUCUACAUUAUCAAAGGUGGCCUCAAGGUCGGAUCCGACUCCACGGUCCAUCCGUCGUUUUAUACCUUGGUUCUGUCUGCAAACUCAGGGGAGAAUGGCGCAGAAUUGACCGCGACCGAGGAUGGCACCGAGUUUGUGCUGGUCGCCGGAGAGCCCCUUGACCAGCCCGUCGUUCAGUACGGCCCCUUCGUGAUGACUUCGCGGGAAGACAUACAGAAAACCCUCAUCGACUACCAGUUCGGUCGGAAUGGGUUCGAGAAGGCGCACAACUGGAAGAGCAUCAUCGGAGGUCGGUAGAUCGUACGGCAUGCAUAGGACUACACAGUAUAUGUAUCUAUAUAGGGUAAUGCCAGCUGAAUAGUGUACUUUUUUCUGAACGUCCACCGUCGGCGACUAAGUGGUCCGAAGUUUCUUCUCCUUACGCCGAGUGCCAUUCCCUUCGUCCUCGGAGUCGCUCUCCGCUGCCUGCAUCCCAUCCCAGACCUCAUAUUCGGCCUCGUUCUCUUCCCGCUCUGCUUCCAAGCCUUCCGCACCGACUGCGCCGUCCCAGACAACGACGGUGGGCACGACUUUCAUGUACGUCUUCUCUAGCACGUCUCCCUUCUGCUCUUGCUGUUGCCCUGCUUCGGCAGGCGGGCCGAAUGUCGAAUGGAGCCUUAUGUAGCGGUCCUGCGAGGCUGACGCCAUAAGAGAGCUCGCUGGUGCAACGGACGUAACGGCGCCCGAUAUGCCUUUGUAGGUAUAAAUCACCCGUCCGUUCCUGAGGUCCAUCGCCGAUAACGUACUGCCGCGAUCUGCCACAAACACUUCGUAUUCGUAGAUGCCUUUCUCGACAGUGCCAAUGCCGCCGACAUUGCCGAUUCCCUUCCAGUCGGACACUGGCCUACGUGCAGCGCGCGUAUCAUACCGCCUCACGCUCCCGUUCGCCGUUCCAACCAGUAGGUGUUGGUGAGCAUGGCUAGAAGAGGCUUGCAGAUAUGUGAGAGCGGUGUUGUAUACGGGGUGGCGGAGACUGAGGUGAUCGUUGGGGACAUUCUUGGCACGCCAUAGCUCGCCCGGCAGCAGCUGGUCUCCACGCCUCCUUUUCUUGGAAUCUGUCGAGAGGGGUUGAGCAGCAGCCGUAUUCUCUGAGAACGCAUUUUCCGUGUCCCAAAGCGACAAUUCCACCUCUUCUCCACCGUACGCAAAAGUACGUGAGUCCAGAGAAAGACGCCAUUCGCAUAAGCGCAUUGGCAAACUCGUCACGGAAGAGGAAGGCUCAGAACCGUCUUGCCCGAAUUUUGUCACGCGCAGAGCACCAUUGGAUGUGCACGAGUACACUGCACUCUCCGAUGCAGCUAGUCCGAUGAAUCUCUGACCCUCCUUCAGCUUCUUCUCCGUCCAUUCGUGCAUUACCGAAAGCUGGGAGUUCCCCUGGAUGUUAUAGGCUACAGCAGAACCAUCUGCAUGCACUGCCGCCAGCAGAGCAUUCGAGUCCGAAGCACGGUGCAAAGCAAGCUUUUGAACAGUUUUAGACCGACCAGAGGAGCCGCCGGGCACUAGCACCGUAGUGAUAGGUUUCCAUUCUUUCGGGUUGGCUCCGGAAGCAUAUGAGACGGACUUGAGAGUACCAAGCUCAUCGCCGG